AUGGCAGCCACUUACACUCAUGCGCAAACGGGACCAGCUGCCCGUUCAGCCAAUAUUGGUAGAUCAGAGGCGAAGAAGAUAUUGAGCGACGAUGGCAUCGGCUCUCGUGCUCGUCGACGUCGGAGCCCGAGAGAUCGACUGCCAUCCGUCGCUUCUCUAGACAACUUGUUCAAAACUGGCCAUGAGAACAGGGAGGCAUUGAACACCUAUGGCGUAACAGAAAUGAGGGACAGUUUCUUUGAUGCUGUUUUCUAUCCGCCUGAGGAAGUGGACAUUGACGAUCUCAUGUGGCACGCCAAGCUCACCUUGCCCUAUGCAUUUCGCAAGCAGGACCCGUUAUCAUUAACAAAUUUCUUCCCUAAACAAUGGCACGAAGUUAAGAGUGUUCUAAGUAGGGUCACCAAGACUCGAGCCGGUAUUAAGCUCCUGAAGUCAUCCCUUGGCUUCUUCGUUGCAUAUAUUCUCUGUCUGAUACCAUCUGUGAGAAACUGGCUCGGCACGCACAAUUACAUCAUGGCCAUAUCGACCCUCCUAAACCACUCAGGAAGAACCGUUGGCGCUCAGGUAGAGGGCACUAUUCUUACCAUCAUUGGAACUGCGUCAGGGUUGGGCUGGGGUGCAUUCGGUCUUUGGCUUUCCACUGUUUCUGUUAACGCCCGUGUGGGAUUUGGUGGUAUCCUGGCUGUGUUUUUGUGCCUCUUCAUUUUUGUCAUUGCUUGCAUCCGUUCUUACUAUAUCAGAACAUAUCAACUGAUUAUUUGUGCUGGCAUCGCGGUGUGCUAUACCUGCUUAGCGGAUGUAUCUGGGACGAAGGUGUCAUGGUCAAAACUACUUACGUAUGGAGUUCCUUGGGCAUUGGGACAAGCGAUCGCGUUGUUGCCUUGUGUACUCAUAGCUCCAGAUGCAGGGGCACGUCCUCUGGCCGUUUCCCUGCAUAAUGCCUUUUCUGUCAUGGUGACUCCCAUGGAUCGGCUGGCCCGUCGAAGACUGGCUCAAUGCUUCGUCAAUCUAUCGCAAACAUAUCGAGAUUUGGUCUUGGAUUUUUCGAUAACACUCUUCGAUCCCAAGGAUGUACUUCAAUUGCGGAAUCUGAUGCAAGGAGUUAUUCGAGCCUUAUUGAGCCUCAAGUCCGAUACUCGGCUCUUUGAUAUUUUCGAGCAGACUAGCAGCAUUCCAUCGGAAGACUUGCAAGCACGAGUCGAAGAUUUCGUCGUUGAUUUCGAACGAGAUCGGGCUAAUAUUUCAGCUCACGAGGUAGAAUUACUCCGAUUCGUGGCAGAAAAUCUGAUAGAACCCACAGAGUCACUUUUCGCUGGAAUGAGAGUAACUCUGCAACGCUGUGAUGCCGUCUUGAUGGACAUGUGCGGGCACAGGCAAUACCUUGGGCCGCCUCGGAACAUUUCUGACGAUGUUGCUGGGUCCCUUGUUAAACUUCGCCGACGGAUCAUCACAUUCAUGACGACACAAGACAGUGUUUUGGCAAGCGAGAAGCUCCCUCCGGCGUAUGCUGAAUACCCUGAGAUUGUGAAGUUGUUUGCCUAUUGUCGACCUGUUCAUCAGGCUGCAACAGCGGUUGAAGCUUUGGCUGUGAAAGUCAAUCAAAAACGUCCUAAAUUCUAUCCGUCUGACUACCCAUUCUGGAAAUCUUUGUACCGCACAAAUGCACAAGUUCGUCACGACAGAGGUGGUCUAACAGCAGGUUCUUACUUCAGAAGUUUCAAUGAGAUAGCAGAACUGAUGGAAAGAAUCACAUCGAAGGAGUAUGAGCCGCUCUCCAGAAGGGAAGAUAAGCAUGCAAAUAAGCUGGAGAAGAUGACUUCCACAAUGACUGCGACUGAGAUUGAGGAUGAGACACCGAGUAGAGCAGUCCGUCUAAGAAAAUCCGUAUGGUCGGCCAUGCAUCGAGCUCAAGGCUUUGAAACACGCUUUGGCCUUAAAACAACUGCUGUGACAUCUAUCCUUGCCAUACCAGCGUGGCUGGCACAAAGCAAUAGCUGGUGGAAUUACUACGAGGCAUGUGUUGGAGGAAACGUCCAAGAUUUGUUCACUAGAGUUCUAUGCGCAGUGCUUGGAGCUGUCUGGGGUGGCUUGUCAUUCGUCUCUGGGAACGGCAAUCCAUACGUAACGGCUGUAUUUGCUCUGAUCUUUAUGGUGCCCAUGAUCUACAGAUUUACUCAGAGCACUCAUCCUAGAUCAGGUUUGGUGGGCUGCAUCGCGUUUACCGUCGUAUCGCUUACAGAAUACACCCACGAGGGCGAUCAAUCUCCAUUGGUCAUAGCCGCUACGCGAGGAGGAGCGAUUGCUGUCGGCGUUAUCGCCUCGAUAGUUGUGAACUGGAUCAUUUGGCCGUUUGUAGCACGUCACGAUCUUCGCAAGGCUAUAUCAAUGAUGCUAUUUUACUGCAGUAUCAUUUACAGAGCUAUUGUGUCCAAAUAUGUUUAUUAUGAAGAAGGCCACGAGCCAACCAAGGCGGACAUUGAGGCGUCUGAGAUCUUGGAAGGCCGCCUCCGAGAAGGAUUCGUGAGGCUACGGCAACUGCUGGGACUAACGAGACACGAGAUUCGCCUGAGAUCACCCUACGAUCCUUUACCGUACUCAGCAUUGAUCGACGCUUGCGAGCGAUUUUUCGAAUAUGUUGUUGCAUUACGCCAGUCUUCGCUCUUUUAUCAUCCGCACUUCGUCCGAGACAACCCAGAAGCUGCAGCUCGGCUCUUAGGUUAUCGUAGAGAUGCUAUUGCUACUGUAAUGACUAACCUAUAUGUCCUAUCUGGAGCCCUCAGGGCUGACAGGAAAGUGCCGAAAUAUCUACCUAACGCGGCUGCUGCACGCAAGGAACUUCUAGACCAAACGAAGGUGCUUGAAGCCGAGCUAGCGGCAAGCGGGAAGUACUCGGCAAUUGUGAAGACGGAAGCUGAGAAGUGGGCACAGAUAUACAGCUAUUCCUACAAUGAGAGCUUGACAGGCUGUGUUGAGCAGCUGAAGGAGUUAGAAAAGUAUACCAAAGUUAUUGUAGGAGAGCAAGGGUAA